CGGUCAGUUGGAACUACAGACGGUUUUUAACGGGAGACACUACAGGUGAAGCAGUGAUGAGCAGCAGAAGCCGCAGGGCCUGCACAAAGAGAAGGAAAGGACGGUUCUCCAGAGGGACAGUACAGAAGCCUUCAUGGACAAAAGACGAGGAGGAGAAGCUGCACAGAGUGGUGAAAGAGUUUGGAUCCAACAGCUGGCCUUCAGUGUCCCUGCAUCUUAAAGGUCAGAGGUCAGAGGGGGAGUGUCAGCGGCAGUGGCAAAAGAUAAAGAAUCCUGAGCUGGUGAAAGGGCCGUGGACUCAGACGGAGGACGAGAGGGUCAUCGAUCUGGUGCAGAAUUACGGCGUGAAGCGCUGGUCGCUCAUCGCCAAGCACCUGCUGAGCCGCAACGGGAAGCAGUGCCGCGAGCGCUGGCACAACCACCUGAACCCUGCGGUGAAGAAGAGCGGCUGGACGCUGCAGGAGGACCGCAUCAUCUGCCAGGCGCACAGCAUGCUGGGAAACCGCUGGUCCGACAUGUCCAAGCUCAUGCCCGGCAGGACCGAUAACUCCAUCAAGAACCACUGGAACUCCACUCUGAAGAGGAAGGUGGAGAAGGAGGGCUACCUGCAGGUGCUGCUCCUCCACUCCUCCUCCAGGCCCCCCCGCACUGCCAGCAUCCCCAGCAAGGCGGACAGCGUCUCCACCGUGAAGGACGAGUCGGAUCAGAGCCUGUGCUCUGGCGACCCCCCCGCCUCCUCCUCAGGUUACUCCUCCUCACUGAGCAUGUGCGAGCUGACGGCGCCCGUGGAGCUGAUGGAGGCGAGUGUGGAGACGUGGAGCUGUGGACAGGAAGUGAGCUCCUCGCUGAGCGGGCUGUACCGAGAGGACGGACACCAGUCAGUCAUGGACCUGAGCCGCAGCUACGUGUUGGGGCUCAGGGAGCAGCUGGGCAGCAGCAGCCAGGACGCAGCCUGCUUCAUGGACGCCUCCUCCUGGAGCAGAGGCAGCAUGGGGGGGGCUCUGAGCUUCUCCCCCUCUGAGCUCUUCAGCCUGUGUGGUGUGGAGGAUCUGAAGUCACAGCGUCCGGUUCUCACCUCGACCCCCGUCUGCGCCCGCAAACACCCCAGCAGCCCCUCCCAGCAGGAGGGCUCUCUGACCUGCAGCAGCCGGACCCCGGCAGAGACCAGAGAGCGGAUCAGAGCGCUGUGGAUGUCUGCUCCUCAGACCCCGACCCCCCUGAAGAUCAGCAGGAAGGGUCCGGAUCAGGUGUCGGUCUGUCCGAGCAGAGGGACCAAUCCCAGCUGGGAGGAGAGGAGCGUAGACCCUGACAGUCAACAGUCCAGCAGCAGCUCUGAGGUCCAGGGAGAGAGUCUGCUGAGCUCCAUCCUGCAGGUCCAGAGAGGUUCUGUCCCGCGCUGUGAGGGGUUUGGCUGCCUCCCGUUGGAUGGACAGCUGGGGGUGUGGUGGUGUCAGCAGUCUGUGGGCUACCUGCACUCUCCAGAGUGUCCGUCAUACAGAAAGAACCCCUUUGAGAGGGUCCUCCACAUUAAGGUGUGUUCCAAACCAACGAGUGUGGAGGGGGAGUGGCUUAUCAAGCCCUCCAGCUGA